GAUAUACAAAAUACGAGGUUUCUUUUUAACACCUUGUUGUAGAAGUGGAUUGGAGAUAUUCUUAGCCGUCUUCUUCUUCUUCUUCCUCUUCCUCGUUUCCAUUUGAUUGUUUUUUUUUUUCUUUAAGAAGAAGACACUGAUAAAUUGUAGUUAAGACUAUUACAUUUCUUCAGAAAGAGAGGGAAUAAAUCGAGCUUUCAUCUUUUUAUAUUCGUUCUUUGGACAGUGUCUCUCCACGUAUUCUGGUCUCUGGUCACAGGUGGUUUGGUCAGAACUUUUGGAGAAGAUCUCUGUUUGGUACAAUGUCUGAACAUGGUAAUAUGGUUAUGGAGGAAAAAAGAAUGAGGAAGGCUUCUUCAGUCCAAGGUCAUGAAUCUGCUUGGUUAGGUGGUUGGAGUCAGUUAGGUAAUGAAGUGAAGUUUCAUGAUCAGUCCAAGGACUUGAUAAAGCCUGAAGAUAAAAUACCUGACCAAGAGGUCUUGCCGUUUCCUAUGUUCAAGGUUUCUCAGAAGAGAGAUGUUGGUUCAAGCUCGAAAGCUGUGGUGGCUAAUAGGAUGCCUUGGAUGAAUGCGCUAGGAGAGAAAGAGAAGCUCAGUUCUUCCAGUAACCGUCUUGAUUUCCCGAUUCAAGAACAGACUACACAAAACCUUCUAGAGUUGAUAAGACCAGUGAGGUUUUACGCAACGGUUGAUACGGUUCAACGAGUUUCUGGUGAGAUCAACUUACCAGAGGAAGAUGGUCACCAGCUACUGAAGGGCUCCAUGAAACUGAAAGGGAAGAUUUUUGGUGGGUAUCUUGAUCCGUUUCCUGAUGUAGAUCACCAACAUAGAGGUGGAGUAAGGCUGCAGUCUCUAGAAAGCUCAAAGGACACCGAAGAAGAUGGGCUGAGACAAAAUGAAUCAUCUGCAGAGACUGAUAUCCUGGAAAUGGAUAAACUUCAGACAAUACAUCUUUCCGGCUCCAUUUCAUCAUCGUCAACUAAGGGCAAAGGAAGAAUAGGCGAUUCAGCCAUUCCUAGAACUGAAAUACCUGACAUGAAUGAAGAGCCGCCUCUAGUUCUGGAUGGAGAGGGUGAAACAAGCAACUCGGCUACUCAAACUAUGAACGUGGAUCACUUUCUCUCAAGAGACUGCAAACGUGUGCGGUUAGAACCAGAAAUGGAACCCAGCAGUAGAUGGGUGAAGCGUCUGAAAACAACAGCCGCUGCCUCUGAUUCAAGCGGCCAAGGUGAAACCAAGAGCUUGAUGAAGAAUGAAGCAGCAUCUCUGGCCCAAAAAGAGAACAACAAUAACCUGUUCCUUGAAAUCUUGAAGUCUGGGAUCAACAAUCUCCAACCAAGAAAUCAAGAACCCGUCACUCCAGAAAUCAACCAGGGAGGAGAAGGCGUUACGCUUCUGCAUCCAUGGAUCCAGAGGUGGUUCAAGAAGAAAGCUACAUCGACAGAUCAAUUAGAAGGGCAAGAAGUUAGCUUUGAGCUAGAGAACCAAAAGGAGUUGGAAAAGAAACAGUAUCCGAGUAUUGCAGCCAUGGCACUCAUGGGGAAGGCUUUGAGCGGUUUAAACCCGUAUGGUCUUAAAAAGACCGACUCUCUCAUGGUCUGGAAUGCUCGGGAUUUAAGGUAGGAAAAAAAGAAGGUAAAAUCAUCAUCCAGAUCUUCCUCUCUAUUAUUACAACAUAGAGACAAGAUCUCAGAGACUUUCAGUUUAAUUCGAAACAUGUAAGAGUUUGACAGGACCUCCUAUAUCAUCUUAGUCUACGUAGGCGUCAGUCUCAUUAUCUUAUUAUAUUUGUUAUUUGUAUCAUAUAACUUCUUGUAUAUAUAGCAGAACAAUAUUCCCUAUUGUCACUGAUGCAGCUACUGCCUAGGCAAUCAGCAUAUCGCAUUUCAGUUAAGGUUUUGCACUAAGAAAAGCAAGAAACUUAAAUGAACCAUCAAAUCUCGAGAAUGUUGAUUGAAGGGAAAUGGAUCAACAUCUAAACUUUGUGUUCAAGACUUGAGAAGCACAUGGGACAAACGAGAGAAAACAAUGAAGGAAAACUUAGUUGUGGGUAGCCCUAGUGUAAAAUCUCCUGGCUUGAAUGAGUUGAGACCAUCCUGAUCAUUCUUUUAGCCAUCAAAUCUCUUAUCGCUUUCCUAGCAUGCAGUGGUGGAGUCAGCCAAAAGAUUCACCAAAGACAAUAUAAAGUUUGUACUUCAAAUUAUUGGAGGGGUAUUAGAAGGGAUUUUAACACUUAAUCGUAAAACUAGAUUUUGACAACCGCACGGAUGUUUUUCAAAUUGAAUUGAAGAAACUGUGAGCUA